AUGAGAAGAAGAGCUGUUGGUAUGGCCCAGGCCGACCUUAGAAAACGAACAGAGCAAGAUUACAAGCAAAUUGGUAGUUCAAUAGCUGCCAAAGAACUCGAACAGCUUCAAAAACAAAUGGAAGUCUUCAAGACAAACCUACAAGAGUUUGCAACACGACAUCGAAAAGAUAUUCGAAAAGACCCUACUUUUCGAGCUCAUUUUCAACGCAUGUGUGCUAAUAUUGGUGUUGAUCCUUUAGCUUCCAACAAGGGCUUUUGGGCUGAUUUGUUAGGUGUAGGCGACUUUUAUUAUGAACUGGGAAUACAAAUCAUUGAAGCGUGUAUUGUCAGCAGAACCAACGAUGGUGGAUUAACCGAGUUGAAUGAAAUUAUGCGACGUGUUCAGGUCAUGAGACAGCAACAACAGCAAGUUUCAGAAGAUGAUAUCACAAGGGCUAUCAAGACACUUAAACCUUUGAGUGGCGGAUAUGAAGUAAUACAGAUAGGCAAUCGAAAACUAGUUCGUUCUGUACCCAAAGAACUAGACAAAGAUCAAGCUAGCUUAUUAUUACUCGCACAAAAAACGGGCUAUAUAAAUCAUGACAUGGUCAAGAAUGAAUUGGGAUGGACUACAGAAAGAAUCAAUACAGCUACACAACAUUUAUUACAAGAUAGUAUUGCAUGGCUUGAUAGAUAUGGAGAUGUUGAUUCAUAUUGGAUACCCAGUUACUUUUCUGCAAGUAAUAAAGAAUAA